ACUUCUCUGACUGCAGCCGGUUGUUAUCUUUGUGCAGCUCCCGGGUCUAAAGGAAAAAAAAUCAUUGUCUGCUAUUCUCCUGAAUCCCCACUUUCUUCAAAGCUGCUCUUAUCUAGCUUUUAUUGUGAAGAAGGCGCUUCUUUUUCUUCUGUGAUAGAGAAGAUUGUUAAAGAUGCCAAGUUUUAUUCUAAUAGUUUUGUCGCAGAAACCCCUAGUAUGCCCUUUUUGCGUGGUAAAUCUUCUGAAGCCAUACUAAGAGAAGCAGUACAGAUCAAGCUUAUCAGUCAAUCAACAUAUAAUAGCAUUCGAUCAUUGCAAAUGGAAGAACAUGACAUUUUUUGUUCACAAAAUGGUGUUGAUGAGGCAAAUGAAUUAGGGCAUCGAGCUAGAGCUUCUAGUCCAUCAAAUGUACAGAUUUAUCCUGGCCAGUCGUACCAUUUUAUGUGUAGAUUCUUAUUAACCUGGAAGCUUUGUGAAAUGAAAGAUGGCGUUUCUUCUAACUUGAACGAGUACAAUCCCAUAUCAGAAGCAGAUGGGAAAAAUUUGUGUCAGUUUUGUAGAAUUACUCAGGAACAUGGUCUUAUAAUACGCCAUAUGGUCGAUGCGGAUUGGUUAUAUCUUGCAAAGCUUUCCGAAAGCCAAACACUGAAUGAAGGCAGAAAUGAAUUGGAAACUUCAAAUUUUGAAACGGGACAUCAUUUAGCAAUGGAACAUUGGUGCUCCAGUUACAUGAGAUCUUCAGUUCAAACAGCUCUUCAAAACCUGAAAUAUGUUCCAGCUGCUGCAAGAAGGGCACUUCCUGUGUUUGCCAAUUCUCAUAAUUUACCCAUAUGCAUACCG